GUGUAUUGUAUAGACUUGAUUAUAGCUUACCAGCAAUGCUUAAACUAAAAUUUAUACAUUUAAAAUUUUUAAUAUUAAAAUAAACAUAAUAUAAAUAAAAUUUAUUUUCUAAUUUAAAUUUAACAAAACCUAAAAAAUAAAAAUUGAUUAGUCAAAUAAAAUUAAUAUAACUUAUAAAUUUAGUUUAUGUAUUUAUACUGAAAAGAUAAAUUAUUAUAAAAUUUUACUUCAGAAAAUGAUAUAUAUCUUAAAAAUUAUUAUCACUGUGUGUGGCGUAUGAAGCUUUCUAGUUUAUACAUAAAUUAGGGAUAAAAAGAACAUUCAUACCAUAUAUGUGAAAAUUAAACGACAUAUAAUAUAAAAUUUGGGGGUAGUAAACAACAGUUAAUCUGCUAGUCAUAACUGUUUGUGUGCAGUAUUAUUCCAAGAAACUGUCAACAUUCACCAGCAAGGACCAAAGACCAAGAACGAAUAAUUGUAAAAAAACUAAUAACUUGGAACUAUUUUACUAUUGUAUUGUAUAUGCAUUUAUAUAUUAUUCGAAUCUAACACUAUCCAUGUGAUAACGACUUUUCUACACGUAUAUGUAUAAUAUUUUAAUUAGUUAAUGUCGUUACAUAAUAGUUUUUCAUAUUUUUGGUCGCAUCUCACAUUGAACAUGUGGAUGAAACUUUCGAAUAUAUCCUUUUUUAAUCAUAACCAGAGACUCAUAUCCUUCGUAUAUGAUUCAGUAGACAAUAUAUAUAUAUAUAUAUAUAUAUAUACGAAGAGGACACAUACUAUCGAUAUACAAGUUUUCCAACACAUACAAAUACUUUAGCAACGACAGUAUCUAGGUUUGUCCAGCUGAGAAACAUGGUGCAGAUUCAUCCUGUCCAAGCAGUACCGGUAGACUCCGGCAUCGGCGAAGUCAAGAGCUCGCCGUACGUGACGACGGAGCAAGAGAGUUUCACGAUUUGGAUGAGAUCACUGGUGUACCAUAGCAAAGGCUGCACAGUUUAUGAUUCCAAAGGAAACUUAAUCUAUCGAGUGGAUAACUAUGACUCCAAGAGUUGCGGUGAAGUUUACCUUAUGGACUUAUACGGAGAAGUCUUGUUUGAAUUUCAACAAAAGUUUGGGUUAUUCAAAUCUUGUGAAGGAUGCAACUCAAACGGGACAAGAUUUCGACUAAGAAAGAACUUCAAGAUUUCGCCAAGAGGUUCAUCUUCGUCUUACAAAGUUGUAAUGGAAUCUAGUAAAGAUGAUCAACAAUCUUGUUAUAAGAUUCUACACCACGGAUCAGUUUUCAUUAUUGAAGAUGGAUCGGGAAGAUUAAUGGCAGAAAUUAAAAAGAAGCAAUCGAACGUUAAUGGUUUGGAUUUUGGAGAAGAUGUCUUGACAAUGGUGGUGGAGCCACAAGUAGACCAUUCUUUCAUCAUGGGUAUUGUUAUAGCAUAUGGUCUUCUCAAAUGUAAAUUGUGAUUGAUUAUUUUUUGGACGUGACUGAGUUAUUUGUAAAUUUAGUGUUGUAGAUGAAAUAUACAACUAUUGAGAGAGCCAAGAGAUGCUAUAUUUAUUAGUUAUAAAAGAGCCUAAACUUUUU